AAAAGAAUCGUUAAAAAAAUUCAGCACGAAUCAAAAACUUAUUGCAAUUCCAGGUUCGCAAUGGAGUAAUAAAGAACUUGAAUAUUUCAGAAUAGAAACUGUUAAUGUGGAAGAUUUUGGGAAAUUUUUUCAAGAAAGUCCUCCAAAGAUUGAAAAUUUAUCUGAUCAAGUAAAAGAAGUAUUAUCCAUAGAUCUAUCUAAAGUAAACGUUUUAUCAAGUAUAGAUUGGAAAAAUCUAAAACAUGUGCAAGCCUCUAGAGUCAUUAAAUCUAUACUGGCCGUGACAAGGACUCACUUAAGCACUGAAAGCGCUGUAGAUGAUCUUGCAAAAUCUACACUCGAACUUUUCAAUUAUGAUGAUAGUGAUCUUCGUAUACAAUCUCGAGAAGAAUUGAAGCUGGAAAUGUGUGGAUCAAGAACAUAUGCAAAACCUGAUAUGUGCAUUGAAACAUCUCGUCUUGUAAUCAAGUUGUUAGUACAAAAAAACAAGAGUUAUAAGGUUUCCAAUCAAGAUACUGAUGCCGAAUCUCAGGUUUUUGCAGAAGCAAUUGCUUCGUUUCAAGGAAAUAGCAGGGCAAAAAAAUUUCAAUUACCUUUAGAAGCACAGUUGAUUCCCUGUAUAACACUCCUUGGAACAUAUCCCACAUUCUAUUUAUUUAAAGUGACUAAGGUGUUAUCGGAAUGUGUAAAAAAAGGAAAUCGCCCCGAGGAAAAAACUAUAGUUAAAAGAUAUGACAUUCCGGCAGAGAUAGAUCCCUAUCUUUUGAGAGACGCGAUGCUGGUACAGGAAUAUAGACAACAUGUCUUUCAAUGUUAUGAAGCCUUCAAAAAGUUUGUG